UCUCUCUCUCUCUCUCUCUCGCGCACACGUCCUUUCGGUUUCCUUCGUAUUCAGCACUUUCAUGCAGAGUUAACCGCUGCCUGUUUUUGUAAAUCAAUCGUUGAUCCUUUUGUCUUUCUUCGAAGUCCCCAUUCUGGGACCGGAGAGAGCCAAACAGAUAUAUUUUGCAACUACACUACAGCACAUCAAGGAAAUCGAUGGAUUUUGAUAAAGAGCAGCAUGGUGUCCCUGGAAGUGUUCCUCAAUAUGGUGCAAUUUUUAUGUUGAGCAGUGCUACCAAAAGUGAGUGUUUCAGACAGAGACUAGUUGGCGUUCCAGCUUUUCUAGGUCACUUUGUAAAGCAUGUUAAAGCUGGAAUGAUUUUGUUCUUGUUUGAAUAUGAGAAGAGAAAACUUCAUGGUGUUUUCCGGGCAUGCUCCGAUGGUGCAGAGAAUAUUGUGCCCCAUGCAUUCCAAUCAUCCAGGAAGCAAUUCCCAGCACAGGUAAGAUUCACUCCUAUUUGGAGUUGUAGACCACUUAUUGAAGCUGAAUUUCGUGAUGCGAUAAAGGAAAACUACUUUUCAGCUAAGAAGUUUAACUUUGGGCUGUCUGAAGAGCAGGUUCAUAGGCUUCUAUGCUUGUUUAGUUUGAGAAAGGUAACAGAUGACCUACCUCAAAGGAGAACAAACAAAAUUAAAGUUGCAGGUGCAUGUACUAUGGGUAAAGUCAUGAGAUAUGAUGAUGGUGGGGUUGUAAUGAGUGAUAAGAUAAAAGAUCAGGAUUAUUCUGAUGAUUAUCACAGACUGGUUGUUUCGACUGAUGACACUCGGAAAUCUUCUGGACGCAUUGGAAGAGAACAUGACGAAGGCAGGUUUGCAAAGAUUCGUGGAGUGGAGAAUAAACCUGAAGUUUACACUGAGCUUGGACCAGUUACCUUGGAUGAGUCUUUUGGGGACUCUUUGGCUAAUGUUGGAAGGGAUGGAGGCAGAUUUGCCAUGUGUGAGAGAACUGGGAGUGAAUGUACCUUGUCUAUUGAGCAUGGACAAGUUCCUGAUCAUGGCAGGUUUGCAAAGAGUAACAGACUAGAAUGUGAGCAUGAUAUGGACAAAGAAUUUGUGCCACCCUUUCCAACUGAGCGCCGUACUGUAUCUCAACCUAACCUUCAUAGAUCCAUCUACUCCAACAAGGUCAUUUGGGAAACAGACUCUGGGGUUCAAGAUAAAAUCAGUACACAUUCCACGUUCUCUGGCUCAAGUGAGCCACAAAUUUCUUACCCUUUACCUUCAACAUUGGGUGGAGAUGCAAUUGGUACGAGUACACACCCUUUUUACCCUGACCUUCCUGGCAUUAACUCAAGUUACUCAUCAUCUUCUGCAAUUGAUCGCAGCUCUCAUUCAUUUCAAGAAUGUGCUCCCCCCCCUUACAGGAUGCAUGCUGGGAAUCUCAUUCCUUCCCCGAAAAACCAAUCCUAUUUUUUAUCUAUAGGGGCAAAUUGUAUGAAGAGAUGUCCAGACGAUAGUUCUGGUUUUGGGAACCAUGCUUCUUUUUCUACCCCCAAACGUAAUGAGGAUUUUAACUACAGGAUCAGUCUGCCUUUCUCUGGGGCUUCUUAUUCUGAAAGCUUGGCCACAGAAUUUUCUGGAAAUCAAAGUUUCGAGGGCCUUUCUUUUUCAUGGUGUCCAGCUGCUUUGACUUUAUCAGAGACUGGGAAUAAUGGGAGUGAAAACAAGGUUCCUCCAUCUUAUUCUUCCAGUCCCAGUAUCUACCCUUUUGAUUACAGCUUUCCUGUAGAGUCACGGGGGAAGCUUGAACAUGAAGGUGUCAGACGGGAAGAGAAGAACAAACGGUAUACUAGUAAUAUUCCCUUGUUGAACGAUGGUCAGGUCCUGUUGCAUGGUUUUGAUUGCUCUCCUGAACAUAAGAGUUUGCGCCACCAUGAACCAAAAUCACUAAAUCAUGAUCACAACUCUUAUUCUUAUUCUGAAAACAUGCCUUCUAUCUGUGAGAAGAGCAGGAAUAGUGUGUUUUCUCGUUUAGCUUCGUCAUCGUAUGUAUGUGAACAGGGAAAUGGUGAUGACGUUGGCCAUGAGGAAUGUCACGGGGAUAAAUCAGCAGAUGAUGUCAUGGCAAUGCUUCGUCAGAAUCACUGCCGAUGGGCAAAGAUAAAAAAGUAUGGUAUCUACCCUUCCCCUAACUUUGAUUACAGCUUUCCUGUAGAGUCACAAGGGAAGCUUGAGCAUGAAGGUUUGCAGCAUGAAGAGAAGAACAAAGCGUUUGCUGGUAAUAUACCCUUGUCAAACGAGGGUCAAGUCCAGUUGAAUGGACAUGAUUAUUCUCUCAAGCAUUGGGGCAUGUACUACCAUGAUUCAAAAUCACUAAAUCAUGAUGUCAACUGUUAUCAGUAUUCUGAAAAUGUGUCUUCUGGUGGCAAAAAGAGCAGGAAUAGUGUGUUUUCUCGUUUAGCUUUGGCCUCAGAUGUAUAUGUAAAGGAAAAUGCUGACGUUGGCCACAAGGAUGGGGAUAAAUCAGCAGAUGAAAUCAUGACAAUGCUACCUCAAAGUCCCUGCCAAUGGGCAAAGCCUGGAAAGCCUAGAUUGUCGGUCAAGCGAUAUGAUGUCGAAAACUUUGGAAAUAAAAAACAAUCAACCUUUAACCCCAAGUUGGAAAGGGAUUGCCAGGAAAUGAACUUAAAGGAGAUGAAAAUGAAUAUUUCUUCAACCGAGAAUGUCAACCAAACUAAUGUUGAGGGUACUCCUGUGGAUUUCAAGAAUCCGAGUGCUGGAGGGACACCAUAUAGGGAUUUCAAACGUCGGAGUGAAGUUCGGGAAAUUCAUAAUGAUUCAAAGGGUAGAGUCUGUGAUGAAAAUGCUGGGAGUGAUGGCUUGUCAGGUGAGCAGUGCAAAAGAAGAAAAUUGAUUAGGCCAAACUUCAGAAAGAGUACGGAUGUAUUACAACAAGAAAAUUCAGUAAAAAGUAAGGAUAAAACCAGAAGUUGUGAGGAGUUGGUUGGAAGUGAGGAUAAGGAAAACAAGUUAUCCCGAAGUGUCAAAAAGUCACAUGUGAUUGGUCCAAUCAGUGGUGAGAAUAAGAAUAUUGAUACUGAUGUUGAAAGAGGUUCAAACUGUGUAGGAGAACCAAAAGCAGGAAAUUGUGAGGGAUUCUUUAGACUUGAAUGUGAAAAUGGAAAAGGGCCUUCACAAGAUGCUUUUGAAUGUGAAGACAAAAAGGAGUCUUCUCAAGAGGCUGGCAUCCACGGUGCUUGUGAAGGCAAGAGUCAUAACGAUGAGGAUGGCUUGGGAAUUAAGGAUCCCAUUGCACAUCAGUUGUCACUAGGUUGUCUGAUACCUGCCACUUCAUCUACAGAGUCAUUUAUAGGAAGAAAAGAAGAAGUUUAUCUAAUAGUAAGAAAUGCCCACGAACUUUGUCCUGUCACUGGUGGCAUUGCCUCUGGUAACACAAUGAACAGCUUAAGCAGUCGGAUUUCUACGAUGCAAAGGGCACCAGAAGAAUCAAUAUACAUCAGUCCAGACGAAGGUAAGAGAAAAAACCAGCAAUUGGCUUUGGGAUCCAUUGCCAAACAGUCUUAAGCGUCUUGUGAAAGUUUCAGGUGCUUCAAUAUUGGUAGAAUCAUCAACAUUUUUUUUUGUGGGAAAGUUUGUGUGGAUAGAUAUUGGCCUACUCUUGACAGAGGCAAAGACUGUGAAAUGGAAUUUCAUCAAAAUUUUAGUUCUCCCCAGCAUAGUCACCAGAUUCAAGGCAUCACAACACGAGUUUGCAGAUAUUGGUGCAAAUGAUGAAAGCAAUGGGGAAGUAAAGCUGUUUAUGGAAUAUUCUAUCAUUCAAAUUGAAGCAUCAUCUGAAAUGUUUUUGACUGGGGCUUUAAACUACAAUGCUGAAUAUUAAAGGAAGAGAUGCUGCUGUUUAUGUAUAUAAGACUGUGGUUUCGUAUGUGGCUUGAACUAACAAAGUCAUCUCUGCAGCUGUAAAGCAUAUCCAGCGGUUGCUCACUUUGUAGUUGGGCUGUUACUUUUGUAGCCUUACUGCUGGUCGGACCUUUUCUUUUUAGGUUUCAGAGAUUCUUUUUGGUUAAUCCUACAGUUUCAGAUACU